AUGGCUUCCACUUUUCCACCUUUGAAUGUCGAAAGACCCACAUCGCGAGCAGACAAUGUCUGUUUGUCCUGCCGCCGGAAGAAGAAGAAAUGCGACAAGGCGCUGCCCAAGUGCCUCCAAUGCCAGAAGUUGCAUAUACAAUGCAUAUACGAGGAAGAUGCCGAUACUAUGCCCAUGUUAGAAGAGUUCCGACAGCUGAGGAAAAGACUAAAGACGUUUGAGGGAUUGCUCAUCCCUGGAACGUCCAAGAUUUCUAAUUUGACUCCGCUAGAUGCUAGCAUAUCGUCUACUGAGAGAACGAGCCGGCUGGGCUCAACUGACGACUGUGCUGACUUCGUUUCGCGUCUCGAGGCAGUGGCCACAACACUGGACGUGGGUGAUGAAGUCUACCAACUUCUUCAGUCGCACCCAGGAGAGAUAUAUGGGGCAUCUCAUUGUUACUUUGACAACAUCCACAAAUGGAUGCCCAUCAUGUCACGGAAGCUAUUCUAUCGCAGGUUGACAGAAUUCAGCAAAACCAAGCGUCCGGAUUUUGCGAUUUUACUGCUGUGUAUUCUCCUAUCAAUCCACUAUCCUACAAGUAGUACAGCACAGGAACCGUUAUACAGAGCAGUGCGCUCUAUCUACUGGUACUUGAAUGCAACUGUGGAUGCGUCUCUGGAGAUGAUCCAGGCAGGGAUCCUGCUUUCGUGCUACGAGUAUGGCUUCGGCAUGCACAAGGAAUGCUAUAAGACCAUUGGCCUAUGCGUGCGGAUGGGUCAUUGGAUGGACCUACACAAUGAAGAGCCCCCGUCUGAAAUUCCUCAAAGCAGCGACGAAUGGACCGAGGCAGCCGAGAAAUGCAACAUAUGGUGGGCACUGAUCAUACGCGAUAGGUCGACUCUACUACCCGAGGCCACAUUGACUAAGCCUUUUGCGCACUACCAACAAUCAAUGCCGAAGCACCUUCCCUUUGAAGCCGUCGAUCUCGAUGCUUCAUUCACGGGAGUUGGCGAGGAUGGUGUUGCUCGUGACAAAAGAGCCCUUGGUGGAUUUGGCUACCAAGCAGAAGCGUGGCGCCUUUUUGACCGGACAAUUUCUUAUCGUCAACGCCUGGCAACAGCUUCAGAGUCAGAUUUCUUGGGUGAUGACAAGUUUAAACUGGACGCUGAGCUCCAAGACCUCAUGCGAACUCUUGUCGACCUCAACAAGGGUGCCAAAUGUGGCUUCUGCGAACCUUCUGCCGUAGUGCUCGUAUCCCUCCUCCUACUUCACACCCGGCAUCCGUACGUCACGGCAGAAGCUUUGAGCAAAGGCGAAGUGGGACGAUUCCCAACCCAUUGCACCGUAGCAUCAUCCUUGGCUGUCCAGACUAUAGUCCGUAUGAUUGUCGACAUAUCGCGGACAAUAAAUAACCACUACUUUGACGUCAAUGUGCUGUCCUUUCCUCCAUCGUAUAGCCAUGUCGUCUAUCGUGCUACUUUGGAGCUGAUAUCUUUCCAUGGUGACAUGGAUAACACGGAGUGGGCCACAGCAUUAGAAACGCUACGCGAGGCCACCUGGAACUACGGCAGGAGAUGGCAGGCUGCAGCGAAGAACCUCCAAUCAGUUGACAGUAUCCUCACAAGUAUGCUGUCUGCACCAUCCACCUUCAACUCGUUUCAGCCUAUGCAAAAUGACCCGUGUUUGGUCGCUUUACUCACUAACAGCUGA